UGUGUGUGUUCGGUAGGGUUGGAGGGGGAGAGAGAGUGUACGUAAAUUAUGGGCUUGGGUUGUCACCGUGCCUGCUCUGCAUUGGACAUUUCACCUCGCCACUGUAAAUUAAAAAAGGAAGAUUACAUUUAGCUGCCAGCUGCGAGCGAGCAAGUGCAGACGACUGUGGCAGCUCGGUCUCCUAACAGAUAACUCAACACUUGGAGUUGGGGAAUAAAAACAACGGACUACAAGGGGGUGGGGGAGGACAUCCAAAUUUGAUUGCUUUCUCUUGGGGGAGGAUUUAAAAAACAAAAACAAAAAAAGAAAGAAAAAAGAAACUCAACUGGGCGUUUUGGAGUCGCUAGUUUGGGUACACGGUGAUGCUCCGCCGAGGCGCAGCAACAGAAGAGGGAAGAGACAGAACCCAAAAGAAGCGAGGGCGAGUGGGCGAGUGGCACCUGCUCCACCUGACCCAUCUGGUGCGUGCAUGUAUUCUGCUGCCAUGGCAACCGUGGGUCCUCUCCUCACAUUUCUUCUCCUGCUGCUUCAUCUGGCUGAUGGCUCAUUCCCAGAGGAGCCAAGUCCACUAAGCUACGUCCCUCUGGAGGUGGUGAGGAGGUAUCCAGUGUUCCUGGGCAGAGCUCACCGUUCAGCACAAAGGCAGGAGCUCCACAUCCAGACGGUUCUUCAAGUCAACCGCACACUCUACAUAGGAGCCAGAGAUGAUUUAUACCGAGUGGAACUGGACAACUUGGCAGGUGAUGAGAUGUUCUACAGCAAGAAACGGACAUGGGAAUCCAACAAAAACGACAUUCGAGUGUGCCGAAUGAAGGGCAAACAUGAGGGCAGUCUUUCAAGGGCCCGGGCGGUUCCAUGGAACAUCGAUGCUGUGAUCUACCGCAGCCUCGGCGACAGCCCCGCCCUCCGCACGGUCAAGCACGACUCCAAAUGGUUCCGAGAGCCCUACUUUGUAAGCGCCAUGGAGUGGAGGUCUCAUAUUUAUUUCUUCUUCAGAGAAAUGGCCAUGGAGUUUCACCAUCUGGAAAAGGUAAUGGUGUCCCGUGUGGCUCGUGUGUGUAAAUCCGACCUCGGCGGCUCUCAGCGCGUCCUCGAGAAACAGUGGACCACCUUCCUGAAGGCUCGGCUCAAUUGUUCCGUCCCGGGAGACUCGCACUUCUACUUUAACCUCCUCCACGCCACAAGCGGUAUCAUUCGCAUGCAUGGGCGGGACGUCAUCUUGGGCCUUUUCUCUACACCCCAAAACAGCAUUCCUGGUUCCGCCGUGUGUGUGUUUGACAUGCAGCAGCUUGCUCACGCCUUCGAGGGACGCUUCAAGGAACAGAAAUCCCCUGAGUCCAUUUGGACUCCGGUACCAGAAGAGGCAGUUCCUAAACCCAGACCCGGAGGAUGUUCAGUCCAAGGAUCCCGAUUUAGUUCCUCCACUACGCUACCGGACGAGGUGUUAAACUUUGUGAAAACCCACCCUCUGAUGGAUGAGACAGUACCGCUGCUGGGGCACAGACCCUGGGUAGUCAAGACUAUGGGACGCUACCAGCUGACAGCUAUGGUGGUGGACACAGAAGCCGGGCCCUAUAGGAACCGCACAGUUUUAUUCCUGGGCUCGACCCGAGGGACAAUUCUCAAGUUUCUAAUGAUUCCCAGUGGGGAUUCAAUGUCCCACAGCAGUGUGUUCUUGGAGGAGGUAGAGGGUUUCAACCCUGAGAGAUGUGGUGAGGACUCACCUCAGGCUCGCCAGCUCUUGUCUUUGACGUUGGACCGCAUCAGCCACACCCUGCUGCUGGCCUUCCCAUCCUGCCUGGUCCGUGUGCCCACAUCUCGUUGCCACCUGUACUCCCGCUGCAUGAAGAGUUGCCUCGCCUCUAGGGAUCCAUACUGUGGCUGGACCAGAGGCAGCACUUGCUCCUUCCUUAGACCAGGAACCAGGCUCCCUUUUCAACAAGAUGUAGAAUAUGGAAACACCACUUCCCAUUUAGGAGACUGUGAUGGUAUCCUGCAGCAGAGUCUGCUCAUCGAACCAGAGAGUCUCGUCUCCCUCAAUCUCCUCGUGGCUUCCGCCGUGUCGGCGUUCACCAUCGGGGCGGCGCUCUCAGGCCUCGCCGUGUGCUGGAUCAUGGCCCACAAGCCCAGCAACCGCCGCCAUGGCAACACCACUCAGUCAUCUAUCCAGCGGCGUGAAAGAGGCUUAUUAAGUGACGCCGGCGGAAUGGGCGGCUCUGUGCUCAGCGUGACGCGGCAGGGAGGCGGGGAGCGCACCUGCACUCAGGGCGGGGAGACCCUAUUCGUGAUGCCCAAUGGGUGGGUCAAAUCCGGAGAGCUUGACCCCAGUUUCCUCCCCACACCGGAGCACACACCACAGCAGAAACGCAGAGGACUGCGUCUGUCUGACUCCAACUCCGGAGGAUGGGACACCAGCCAGACCUACUUGGGGGGCGGCUCCGUGGGUCUGGGCUCCCCCUGUCGAAUACCUCCCUCAGUUUAUCUGACCACCAGACUGUUCCAGCAGGGGGGCGGCAGUCGGCACGGCGGCGAGGGCCGGGGGAGCGACACCCCCCGACAGCACUACGUCUGCUUGAGCAGGCAGGAGAAAGGAGGAAAGGGGACGCCCAAAGCCCCCCAAAGAAAGUCCGCGGGGGAAUACGUGUACCCCAUGACGCCUCAGGACUCACCUGAGCGUCGGAGGGUGGUCUCUGCGCCCAGCGCGCCCGCGGAGUGCAGCGAGCCUCUGCCCUUGCGCUGGCCGGCCCCAGAAGGCUACAUCCUCAGCAGCCACGCCAUGGUGCCCGUCCCCUUGCCCCCUCCCUCAAUGGCUGUCCCCAGCGGUCAGACAUACAUGUCCCAACAGCACACCCCUGUGCUCACCAGGGCCCUGCUGAGGGGGGCUUUGGAGCGGGGAGAACUGGGGGAGCUGAUGGACCUCAGCCAUUUGAUGAGUAAGAAGAACUGCAAUGACAGGACUCAGGCUGGCCAGUGACUGCUGAGGAAAUAAAGGGCCUACAUGGGCACCUAUCCAUGUCUUUACCCUGAUCCACACCCCUCCCCCUCUCGUCUGUGGACCUUUUUUGUUCAUUGUCAUUCAAGCCCUCUGUCUCAGGCAACCCCCUCUCUCCACCCUCCAGUAUACCCCAAUGACGAGGAUCUCGUUACGACUGGCUGCUGCGCCUGCCAAUCUUUUGCUGGCUCGCACUAAUUGGUCAGAUGGACAGAGGUUGUUGCUGUGUCUGCAUUGCAGAGCUGCCUCGCCUGCCAAACUCUCUUACAAGGCUGCAGGCAGAGGGCACAAGAAGAAAGAAAGGAAGGAAGGAAGGCACUUAGAGGCUGCCGUGCAUGCAGCAAACUAGCAAAUACUGGGAUGCUCUUUGCCUCACAGAAAAACUAAAUGGAUAAAAGUCUUGGGGCACACAUCAUUGUUCAAUCAGUCGAGAUUAGUUCUUCCCUGAAGCUUAAUUCUUCAUUUGGCCAAGACAUUUUGGACUGUAUUUCCAACUUUGUGGGAACAGUUUAGGGAAGAGCUGUGCCCCAGUGCACAAAUAGGUGGUGGGACAUGCAUUUGGUACCCGGAACUUCAGUUGGGAACUUAAUCCACCUCUUAAUAUCACACUAUCACAUCACAAUUAUAGGAACCAUCAAUACAAUACAAAAACGCGAUAUAACAGCAUGCAACUGUACCACGUACACCAUCUGGAGCAGUUCACAAUCAAUAUUCAUCUAAAACAUGACAAAACAUUUAAACAAAACGUUAAAAUAAAACCUCAUGUUCACGAGUGAUGCUGAUUAUUAAAUAUAUUAAUGUGUGCAGAUGUGUUUUGCUAGUCGAAGUUGGCUGUAACAAGUUUUUACGCCGUCCAACCAAUCAGAGGACGGAAAAAUAAUGACAUUAUUGUGGGCCAACCAGCUGGCCCUGUGAGGAUAGUUUUGAAAUAUUAUGACCGUAUUUUCACGGCCAUAAGGCACACCAUAUUAAAAGGCCCAGUCUCAGUUACGGGGUCUAUUUCUGUCUUUAACACAUACAUAAGGCGCACCGUAUGGUUGGGCGCAGGCAUGGUAAAACAUACGCUAGCUUAAAGCAUACGGUAGCAUGCAUGCACACUAAAACAAUGUUUUUUAAAAGGCAGCGGGAGCAAAACUGAGUUCGGUUGUAUUUUAUUGAAGUAUUUAACAAUGUACUCACGUUAUUUUUUGAUCAAUCCUCCUCCACAAAUCCAUCAAAGUCCUCAUCUUCUGUAUCCGAAAUGAACAGCUGGGCAAGUUCUCCAUCAAACAUGCCGGGUUCCCUCUCGUCAUUGUCCGAGUCAGUCUCGUUGCCGGGGGGCUGUUCAGCAAUGAUGCUUCUCACAGCUGUUCUUUGAUCAUUAAUCCAUUGCUCGAGUUGGUCUUCCAACUCAGGCCACCUCGCCUUGUUUCCACGGAAACUCAGCUUCGUCUUCUUGACUUGGCGAAGCUCGUUUUCCUGCUUCCUCCAUUUGCGAACCAUGGAUUCGUUGAUCUUGAAUUCUCUCGCGGCUGCUCGAUUCCCAUGUUCCCCCGCGUAACUGAUAGCUUUCAGUUUAAACUGUGCUUCGUAAGCGUGUCUCUUCUUUUCUGGGGUCCAAACCGAUGUUGUUUUGCACAAUGCACAUACUAUAUACCUACUGGGGGCGUACCCUUCGCCCUUUAACAUCUGCAUGCUGUCCUCAGUCACGUCCGCCUAUCCUCUUUAUAAGCAGCCUGUCGGGAGGAAAUGCACCCAGUCAGUCAAGCGGAGCGCUCAUUAAAGUCACACAAUAACAUUUACCGAUUUUGGAACUCGGUGCACACAUAAGGCGCGCCGCAUUAUAAGGCGUACCGUCCAUUUUGGAGACAAUGUAAGACUUUUGAGUGCGCAUUAUGGUCGUGAAAAUACGCUAGUUUAAGAAACAGUCCCAUUGAAAAUAAAGUUAAAAUUACAUGGGCUGGCUCUACUGAUUCUAAAGGCCCUGGGCAGAUUAGACUGACAUGACAAUACAUAGGCUACGUUCACACUACAGGGCAUGAUGCCCAAUUCGGAUGUUUUGUUUAAUCCAAUCUUAUUAUAUAGUUGUUCACUUUACAAAAACAAAUGCAACGGCUGCUGUGGACGGAAUGACUUUGUGAAACAGGACGUUAAAUUGUGCAUGCACACAAACACGAGGCACCGUGUUUACGGAAGUAAAUAUGACCCCUCGUGGAGGUCUAGUCAUGACGCAUUUGUGCCAAGGAUUUUGUGCAACCAGAGCCAAUAUUUUUUUAAUAUGUAUUUUUUCUAAAGCAUCUUCUUUUUGCCACUGUUUACCUUUGUCUGCCAUUCCUUUUGUGGCGUAGCUUUUUUUUUUUUAACAAUUGUCGCUUUUUGAUGACGUAUAGGUCGGAUGAAUGUGACCUGCACGUCCACAGCACACUUGCAUCAGAGAAAUAUCCGAUUUAUAUCUACAUAUGAAAGAGGCCUGAGUCGGAUAUGAAAUAUGAAAUCGGAAUUGAACUGUUUAAAAUCUUCUACAUGUCACAUUGGGACCAAGAAAAUCAGAAGUGACCUGCAGUGUGAACAUACCUGAAAUCUGAUUGGACAAAACAAAAUCUAACAUCCACAAACACACACCAAGAGUAACGCUACAAAAUGAAGAGAAUAGACUGUUGGGAAUAAAUUAACACAGUUUCAUGGAACGAAUCUUAGAAUUUAGGUCAUAAAUGUAGGUCGGUGUCCACCACUGGCACAAAUCAAGGUAUGCCACAGACACACUCCAAAGUCUUAGCUAAGCAAGUAUAGCUGCAAAGGCAGACAAACUAUAUUUUCUUUCAUUUUCACUUCCUGUAAUAAUAGCGGGUUGUCCCAAUUCUUUUGUCCAUGUUAUGUUCCAGUAAUAAUGAUGGGCCUUUGACUAAAUUAACUUCACUAUAGGUAAAAUCAGCAAUCAAUGAAUUGAUUAUGUGUCACUUUUUCAGGGGAAAAUCUUUCUGGGUGUUUUGAAACUCCUGUAUGGAUGUCAGUGUUGUAUUGAGCAGAAUUCACGGAUAUAGCUCAACUUCAGGUUUUUGUUCAGUUACUAUCGAUUAUUACGCCCAUAUGUAAUCGGUAACAUGGUGUCACUUUUUGACGUCUGAUGGUGACUCAUCAGACGUCAAAAACUGAAAUUGUCGCUGACCAUAAACAGGAAGGCAAAGGAGAACCUGCAUCUGCUUCCUCUUUCACCGCACUUAUACAUUUAAGUCGUGACUGUGGUUAUUUAGUGCUCAGUGUAUACAGGCGGCACGGCAUGUGUGUUAAAUGCCUCCAAUAGUCUAGCCUGUCUCAUAGCGAUGCAGAAUCAUAAUUCGUUGGAGAGAGGGAAGCAGAACUGAAAUGUCAGCACUAUCCCUGCCAGCCGCAUGCUCUGUGUAAUGAUGUUGUCGCCAUAUUAGUCGCCCAUUGCUCUUUUCAUCCCAUCCGAUCCAUGUACUCCUUAAUGACCAAUAAUUCCACAAGGAUGUCUAGAAAGGUUUGCACCAAAACACUGGACUCAGCAGGAAGCAAGACGGGGACAAACGUGUAACCGACGUAACUGGGACAUACACAUAUUCAUUCAUGCCACAUUAUUGAACACAGUCCAGGUUUAAUGGGUAAGAAUUUCCCUGGAAAGCCCACAAGGGUGAUGCAGAACAAAGUGACAGUUACAGAGGCAGUGAAGGAAACCCCAAUGCCAAAAGGGGGUAAUGGAAAUGUCCCCAGCAGGAAUCUGGGGCCAUAAAUUCUAUACCAUCAAUAUGUCAAGUCUCAUGAAAGAGUCAGCAUUUAUAUCAGUACAGCAUGGAGAUUGAUGCUGUCCAAAAAGAUGAAGAUGAGAUACGCAAAAUCUGUCUUAAGAAUGCUUUGAUAAAGCGGAUUUACUUUGGGUGAUCUUAAUGUGUGCACCAGUACUAUGGUUUAUAUGUACCUGUACAUACUAAGGUUAAGUUAGAACUUGAACGCAAACAAUAAAAUCAUGACAUUAUUACUAUGAAUGUAAAAUAAAAAUACUGACCUGUCUGUUUGUUAAGUACACCAAAGCUGCAAUUCAGUCAUAAUAAAUCCUCCUAGAGUCUACAAUUUUCAUUUUGAAUUGAAUCAGAGAGGUUUAGAUUAAUUUCACCGGUUCUUUCAGAGGCUGUCGACGAAGUACACAGCACAAAAAUAAAUCAAGGGAACAUGCAAUCAUCUUGGUAUCACUCCACGUCUGUCACAAUUCUGGAAUAUGGAGCUUGUCCAGUUGGGAAGAAAUUGUGAUUGUGAAUCAAUUUCAUCUGCUGGAGUGCAAAUUGAUAACAGGUGCAAGGAGAGACUGAGGAAUGGUUUUACCGGUGGUGGCCACAAACCAUUUCCUUUUUGUUCUUGUUGAGCCUUUUUUUCCCCAAACGUUGUAGCAUGAGGCACUAUCUGCAGCCCACAGAAGUUGCUCAAGCUCCACAUGACUAUCCAUCUGGCCAGGAGGUUUUCUGUGUCAAGAGCAUGGAGGAGAUAGUUGAAAGUUAACAGUAGAAGUGGAGGAGACCAUACAAACUAACCUGAUUAAGUGUCAGUCGCACUUUUGACUGUCCCACCGGUUCCCUACGCCUGAGUUCAGUCGAGCACUUGUAGGACGUAAUGUACCGUAUCAUUACAUCCACGACUCUUAACAGACUGUCCAGGAUCUUAGAAUUAACCUGGUAGGGAACUCCCAGGGGAAAUCAUCUGUCAUCUUAUCAGGAACAUGCCCAGACAUAAACACUAGUGAACCACAUUUUGAGUUGUCUGGAGGAAAUUUACAAAAGUGGGAUGAGCUGCUGAUUAAAUCUUUCCAUUUUUGCUUUCGGGUAGGAUUCUCGAUCCAGUCUUCAAUUGGUUCAUGAUCUGGAUUUAUGUCAUAUUGUUUUCAUCAAAUUACGUGAUAUAAUCAUUCAAUAAGAGCUGGGUUGUGUGAUUUAAGAGUUCCCUUUAUUUAUUAUUAUUAUUUGUCUUUAGUUCUGAUUCAUGAACUGCAAACCUCAUGACAGGAUGAUUAUUAGUUAGCUAUUAUUAAACUGCAGUAACAGAUUGAAAUUGUCAACAAUCUCAUUUCACCAGUGUCUUUUCAUCCCAUGUGUGCCAAACUUUUCUUAGGCAUGUUUUACUGAUGCCUGUUUACAGAAGCAAAAAAAAAAAAAAAAAACUUGUGUUAAGGUGCCAUGAUGACCAUUUUAGACAGCAGUGCUCCCACUGCUGACUAAAAUCGUACUUAUUGCAGUAUGCUACAUGUGAGAUAUAUGCCUUUGACCUUACCUGCUGAAUGUUUUUCUGUUACAUGUGGGCCUGUACUGUUGAUGUGCAUUUGCAAUGAUGCAAGCAAUGGUAUUUAAAGGUCAUACAAUAACUAUAUUGUACUGUAAAUAUGUAUACAGAUACAUUGUCAAUGAGCUUUAUGAUUAUACACAUGCUAUGAAAAUGACACAAACUGUGGGUGCAGAAUGUAACGAUGUAAAUGGACUAAAAUGAUGUGAGGGAUUAUGUAUGGCAUGUCAUUCUUUGUGUCAUAUUUGUCAUCACGUUUUUUAGUCGAGUGGUCGUCUGUUUGCCAAUCAACUGCCAUAGUGAAGGAUCUUGAAUAUAUUUGUUAGCAUCCCGAGGGAGACAAUAUUUGUAUUGGAAUUAUGCUGUGCAGUAAUAGAUAAGAGCACAAUGACUUUCCUUCUUUUUUUUGUUUUCUUUUUUUUGCAAUUCCAGAACUGUAACAUUUGUGAAUAUUGUAAAUAAUCCCCCUGCUGUACACUGUUUGAUUUGGGAGCAGAGGGUUCUUUCCCAAAAACAGCAAGGAAUUUAAGUGUGAGGGUUUUAUUUUUAUUAUUAUUUUUUUCCUUCUGUGCCAAUGCUGUGAAUAAGAUGUAUGUAAAGUAUUUACGUGACUUUGGCUGAACGCUGACUUCAGCUCUUUCCUGUUGUUAGAGUAGAGAUGCGGGCCUGAUCUCAGCCAGAACUGAGCCAUUUGCCUGCCUCCUGAGUUUUUGCAGUUGUUAAAAUACUUCUGUGAUAAUAACCAUCAAUCUUUGGAGUACUGCUAUUAAAUGUAAAUAUAUAAUUUACUGCUAUAAUGUUGCUUUUACAUUUAAGUAUAUCCUCCAGUGCCAAUCCACGGAUUCACAUUCACACACUGAGCAUUCUGUUUGUACAUCUUGAUGUUUUAAAACGAAUAUUAUGAUAGCGAUAGUUGUGAGAAUCAUUUUAUCUUAUCUAAAUGACAAAAACAGACACCAGUUAAGAGGCAGCAGUUUUUGGUGGUUCUGCGG